AUGUGUUGGAAGCUGUGGUUGUUGAGGCUUUUGUUCUCCCAGGUACGAAUAUCUACAUGCGUACUUUGGGGGACUACUAGAGCUCCAAUACUAUAGAUCUUUAUCUUCAUCAUAGACACUACAACUUCGUGAAUCCUCCCAACGGAAAUUUGAGGAAAGGGAGGGAGGUUUUCCUCACUGGUUGCUAUCUCCGGACUGCCAGAGAAGGAUCUGGUAGUCCAUGCCUUCUGCCAACAGAAUAUCUUGUGAUAUUAUUGGAUGAGGAUCUGUAUGAUGAUGCAAUACUUAUAGGAGCUCAGUUCUUCUCAGAUUCUUUCUCUUCCAUUUCUCUUGAUGCAGUCAACAAUGAUGUUUCUUAUUCAUUGUAUGCCAGUCUGAUGGUUCACAGUUCACCAGCAUUUGAAUGAGAAUUUGAGGUAUUGAAUGCACAAGAUCAGCCUCAGAAGUAAAAAAUUUUAUUGCAUUUGUGGAUUGAUUCUAUUGGAUCACUAGAAGUUCAAGGAAAAAUUGACAAUAUAAAAAGGAGGCAAAUCACUCUUGUUGAUAAUGAUGGUGUGAAACUAAACUUUCUCUUGUGGAAUGAGCAGUGGUGGAAGUAUGCUUGCACUGGAUAGGCCAUAUAUUGCCAGUAUUGCAGGGAGCAACAUUGAAACAGACCAUGAAUUUUAUCUUGAAUAAGGAAGUGCGAUGCAGUUAUAUUUAUUUCCCUUCAUCCAACACGAGGAACAAGUAUCUAUAGCAUUGACAUCAAACCGAUAUCAAGGAUCAAGGCUGCUCGGUGCUGUUGAUCCUACUCAGGGUCCAAGACUCUCUCAAGUGACCUUGCCCCUGAUUCUCAGGGGUACUAUUUCUCACUUAUUUCAAAGUUUUCAGUCAUUUAUUGUUAACCUUCUUGACAAGAUGACUGGCAUAAGCCUCUAUGGUGUGGUUAGAGACAUUUUUCGGGAAAGAAACACUUCAGAGGUUGUUUUCUCUUUGAAAAUUGAAGAUACAACUGGAACAAUUUGUGCAAAACUACACUUUUCACACUCUUGGUCACUAGGAAGAUUGAGCCUCCGUCACACUGUUUAUAUUUCUGGCUUGACAUGCUCUAAGACAAAAUACAAUCGCUUUCAAGUGGUAUGGUUUGAGAAGGAUGCUGGAGCUUCUUUUGCUAGCCUUAGUUGCUUGCCAGCAUUGUUGAACUCAUCUUGCCUUCACAAACUAACAUGCCAAUCUGAUAUCAAAAGCCAGACUAGUUCUAUGCAUAUUUGUCAAAUCAGGCUUGAUCCAGUUGCUCAUUGUCAUGUUAGCACAAGAUUUUCUCAUGCUCUUUGUGGUCACUUUGUCAAAGAGAUGCCUAGUGGGGUUCUUGAGUGCAGUUUCUGUCUUUGUAGCUGCAAUGCUGAACUCAUGCGUUCUUUUCACUUGAAAAUCACUCUUGCAGAUGAAAAAGGAAGUCAGGCUAAAAACAAGGAUGAAAAUGGAAACCUUUUUGCAUGGUGUACUGGUCAAACGGCCUUGGAGUUGCUGCAAAUUCCACCUGAUGAAUUUUAUGGGCCGACUGAGGAUGAGCAAAUCAUGUACCCUUAUUCAUUAGGGAAUGAGAGAUUCACUGUUGCAUUAGUGAACUGCGAGAAGCAGGGCUAUCGAUCCAAUGACAAUCUAAUGCAAGAGAUCGACGGAGUUUCCUGGGAGAUUUCCCGUGCAAUCAAGUGUGAUUAAUUAUGUUUGUAUUCAAACAAGGGUAAAAUCAAGCGCCUUGGAAUCAAACCGGAAAUGGUAGCAAGGAUUUGAAGGUCAGCAUGAGGCUCAGCAGUUUUUUCAGCACGAAUCUAAAGGUUUUCCGAAGAAUUGAACAUGCAAAAUGAGAUAUAUUUGAUAACUUCUCUGGAGGAUAAUAGGCCCAACGGGAAGUAAAGAUCAGUAAUUACGGUCAGUAUCUUCCAUCCGCGGUUUCUUUAUCUCCCAAAUGCAUUGUAAUUUGUUGCAGUUUUCAUGCAGUUUAGAAUUAUGCAACCUGAAAAGUCAUUUCCUUCCAUUUUUAUUUCGGUCAAUGAAAAAUGUGAAAAAGUUGUCUUUUAGCAGCCCAUUGACUAAAGCAAUUAUCAAUUG